AGUUGAGGGUUAUCCCAAGAUGAAAAAUUUACUGGGGUAAAAAAUGAUGGAUGCCUUUGAUACAAGUUACAAUAUUGGUAAAGUUUACCCAGUGAUGUCAACAAAAGUGAGUGGGCUCGCUCUGACACUUAUACGUAAGUAUAUUGGUACGUAUAUUGACAGCCGGUUGGUAUUGAGCUGCGUAAAUGACUGUAACCUUGGGUAUUUAUUUAAUAGAUAUCCGUGAUGUUGAAAUAUUUCAGGUUUUUCAUGCACCAAGGGAAAUUUAUGUAUGUCGCUUAUCGGUUCAACUUCCCAACCCUCUUUACAUAAAUUUGGGCGGGAUUGCCACACCUCAAAUUACCAAUGCUUAUCACAAUCCUUGGCAGAGUAUAAAAUCGGACCAUUUUGUAUCAAACUUUAUCAUUCUAGCUCGAAUCAGCAUCCCAACUUCAUCAUGAAAUCAAUCAUCUUCCUCGGAGUCGUCGCCUUGGCUUCGGCCAUGCCCAAAUUGGACACCGCCCUUUUCCAAGGAACCGACCCUCGCCUCAUCGUCGGGGGCGUGGAAGCUACAAAGAACGAGUUUCCCUGGAUGAUCGACCUGCGAGUUGGUGGUCACAUUUGCGGGGGGUCGAUCGUUUCCCCAGAUUGGGUCGUUACUGCGGCUCACUGUGUAGGCGGGUCCCCCAGCAGUUACACCCUGGUCGCAGGGGAUCACAACCUGACCCUUAACGAGGGGACGGAACAGAGUCGUGGUGUCACUGCCAUCGUGAUCCACCCAGGAUACAACAGACCCACUAUUAUUAACAACGAUAUCGCCCUCAUGCGAGUCGACCGUCCCUUCGAAUUCAACGAGUUUGUCGGUCCAGCGAUCAUCCCACAGCUUAACUUCGCCCCGACAGACUUGGCCACCGUGGCGGGAUGGGGCAUGCUCUCUUUCCCGAUCGGUGACCUUCCCGAUGUCCUCAUGAAGGUUGAAGUGCCCUACGUGGCAGACGAGCCCUGUCGAAUCGCCAACAUUGGAGUUGGUGUCGUCACAGAGAGCAUGGUCUGCUACGGGGUUGUAGGAAAGGAUUCUUGCAAAGCUGAUUCCGGCGGUCCAUUGAUGUGCGGACCGGACAAUGCGCUGUGUGGGAUCGUUUCUUGGGGCAAGGAUUGUGCCCUGGACGGAUAUCCGGGAGUUUACACGGAAACAUCCUACUUCGCUGAAUGGAUCAGGUCAACCAUCGCUGCAUAAUAAACCUAAUAAAAUCAUAAACGAUAUGCACACUUUUUGGAAACAAACCCCAUUUUACGCAACUAUGUAAAUGCAAUUAUUAAUUGAUAAUUAAACACAAUAAAAAAUUAUUUUCCCCUGUAAACAACUUUUUUACUUUAAAUAUUUUAUACUUUACUCCGAUCUGCCCUGGGUAUUAAUGUAUGUAUAAAGUGUAAAUUAAAUUUGUACAACCCUCCGUGUAACACGAAAGGCAGAAACAUGCAAACUUUUGCAUAGGCAAUUUAAUACGUUAAAUACAAAUAGGCAUUAAUCCAACUAUUGCAUGGAACAAAUUACCUACCGAAUUAAAAGAAUCGCAUAAUUUUAAUGUAUUCAAAACAAAAUUGAAGAAUUCGUUUCUAAACUAUGACAUUGCAUUCCUCUCUACUCUAUUAUAAUUGCAGAUUGUAUAACGUUUGCUAUCAAAAUCUACUCGCUAGCUUUGGCAUAAAUUACAAUUACUACAUUUUUUAUAAGUAUGUACAUACGAAUAUGACAAACAUUGUUCUAAUUUUAUUACUAGUUAUGUUACCGUCAAGCGUAACAAGAUUUUGUUUUAAAUCAAGCUUGAUGUGAAUAAAUAAAUAAAUAAAUAAAUAAAAUGUAUAUAUAUAUGUAUUACGCAAGGUGCAUGCAUGCCGGUAAGUUACAGGGUGUGUAUGACUGCUAGAAACCCUGGCAAGAAUUUUCAACGCGCGGUGUUUCCUGCGCGACAACAUACCAAUACGACAAAUGUUCAUAUGGACGCUCUUGUGUCAUUGUGGACAGUGGAUUGUGUACAGGUUCGAUAAAAUUAACCCUUAAAUUUAAGUGUUGCCUCACAUACAUAAAAUUAAUUAAUUCAACAAAGUAAAAAUGCUGAUUCUCAAUGGCUACACAUAUAUCCAGAGAAUUAACAGCAAUAAUGCAAAUUCCCAAAUAUAUGAAUAUUUA